AUGCCAAGACCAAUGCCAACCAACUUAAACAUCUUGGGUUACAAUAUAAGAACCAAGCACAACGGCCAAGAAAAACAACACAACAACGAAAAAACGCAACAACAGUCCACAAAAGAAGAUCCUACAACUCAAAACUUCCAACAACUUAUAAAUCAAGAAAAUCCAGAGGAUAAAACAAAUGAAGAAAACAACGAAACAAAUAAAACAAACGUUAUCAAAAUCGAAGCAAAAGAUAAAAAAGAAGAAAAAAAACAACAAACCAUACCAACAAACGAAACCCAUCAAGAAACAACUAAAGAAGAAGAAAGGAAGAAACAGCUGACAAGAAGGAAAGAUUUCUACUUUGGAAAAGCGACGACGGACGAAGAAGCAGAAGAACAAGGUAACACGAAAGAUACAGAACAAGAGGAAGAAGCGGAAGAAAGUAGUCGAUCAGAAGAAGCGAGCGAAAGUAAAGAAGAAAAAAUGGAAGAAGCGUGGCAAAAAACCAUAUUUAAACGAAGCGCACCUCCACCGACACCACACAAAAACGAAAGAAAAAAAAGGAUAGAAGCGAAGAACGAAAAAUCAAUGUGGCUGGCUUAA